GCGCGCGCGGGGCGCAGAGGAAGCAGCCAAGAUGGCGGCGCGGGUGGCGCAGGGGCCGGCAGCCCCCGGGCUCGCUUAGGCCGCGGCCCGACCCCCCCCCCCGCCCCCCGCCCCCGUCCCGUCACCCCGGGCGGGCUUCCCCCACCCUCCCCCGCCCCCCGGUAUUCCCCCUCCGGCAGCGCGGCGGCCGGCAGGAUGCUGCCCUCGCAGGAAGCCUCCAAGCUCUACCAUGACAACUACGUGCGGAACUCGCGCGCCAUCGGCGUGCUCUGGGCCAUCUUCACCAUCUGCUUCGCCAUCAUCAACGUGGUGGUCUUCAUCCAGCCCUACUGGGUGGGCGACAGCGUCAACACCCCGAAGCCCGGCUACUUCGGGCUGUUCCACUACUGCGUGGGCAGCGGGCUGGCGGGCCGGGAGCUGUCGUGCCGCGGCUCCUUCACCGACUUCAGCACCAUCCCCUCGGGCGCCUUCCAGGCGGCGGCCUUCUUCGUGCUGCUCUCCAUGGUGCUGACGCUGGGCUGCAUCACCUGCUUCGCCCUCUUCUUCUUCUGCAACACCGCCACCGUCUACAAGAUCUGCGCCUGGAUGCAGCUGCUGGCAGCGCUCUGCCUGGUGCUGGGCUGCAUGAUCUUUCCUGAUGGCUGGGAUGCAGAGACCAUACGGGACAUGUGCGGGGAAAAGACAGGGAAGUACUCCCUGGGUGACUGCUCCGUGCGCUGGGCUUACAUCCUGGCCAUCAUUGGCAUCCUCAAUGCCCUCAUCCUUUCCUUCCUGGCCUUUGUCCUCGGCAACCGGCAGAACGAUCUGCUGCAUGAGGAGCUCAAGACAGAGAGCAAAGAUUUUGUCGGCACUGCGAGGAUAUAAGGCCAAGCACCCACAGCAGGACUCUCUUCCUGUGGCCGGCAGCCUGGGCACUCCCUCCCUGUCCUGCCCUUCAUCUGCUGCCAGAGGCCACGCAGUGUCCCGCGCCACCCCCCGGACCCUGCCACCCGCGCUGGGGACCUGCUGGCCACCCGCCGUGUCCAUGGCCACCUCCAUGUCCACGCCGGCACCGCCAUCCCACGCAUCCUGCCAGCUCCGCAUCCCCCGCUGCCCGCAGGCUGCCGCCAGGGGAGGACGCCCCAAACCUGCUUCGUUCAAGAACAGUGUCCAACUGCAGUUUUGUUCCAAGGAAAAAACAAUCUCCAAGUUUUUAACAGAUUUCUACAUCCCCAGGACUCCUGACCUGACGCCUCCCACCCAAACGCGCACCCAGCGACGCCCUGCGCUGGCUGCUCCCCAGCCCCCUUCCUGCUCCCAUUUUGUACAGCUCCGUGAUCCUGAUUCCAUGGCCAGGGGACCCAGCAUCCAGAACGGGGCCCAACCCCUACUUUUACAUGUAAAUUCAUAUUCUCUAAACAGGGUAAAAGUGACUUGAGCCCCCCCCUGCCCCUGGCCUCAGGACAUGGUGUUUUUUGGCCUGUGGCUGGGGCUGCAGGCUGCCCCGCAGCACAGGGACCGCAGGGGCCUCGCUGCCACCGGUCUCUGGGACACCUGGCCUGUGUCACUGCUGAAUGUAAGCCCUGGUAAGUGGGAGCAACUGAACAUCCAAAACCCCCCAGCGCAGGAGCAACAGGACCCCCCUGCCAGCCCCCUUCCUCAGCCAGCUGCGGGCUGCUGCCAAACGCCUUCCCUCCCCAUCCCCAUACGGUGCUUUAUCUCCACUGGUGACAGCAAGGCUCUCCCUGCCAUAUGGCGUGGCCAGGGGGACCCAGACACUCCCAUGCCCACCCCAUCCUGGCCACGUCCUUUGGUUGCACCUCACUGGCCUGCAGUCACACCAUGGCAGCUGCCCAGGGCAGUGCUGAGCCUGGCAGCCUCCAAGCACGACCCGGCCUCAACUGCACACAUGGAGCCAGCACCGACACCCCCGGACACCCUCCUGGCAUGGCAGCCGUGGCCCAGCUGUGGCUCUGCUGGCCAAACCAGCGUGUGCGGGCCCCCGCAAUGCAAUAAAGUCCUCAGCACUGGAUGCGUCUCAGUGCGAGUAGCCGGGGGCUGUUUGCAGGGCCCCCCCCCCGGGAAUGACUGGCCCAGGCAGGGCUGGACCCAGGCGCUGGGCAAGGCCUGGGAGCGGGAACGUGUGGGGGACCAGAGCACUGGGACAGGCAGCCCUGGGCAGAGGAGCUGCUCCCCAUCUGCAGGCCAUGGGCAGGGGCAGGGCGUAAGAAAGCUGCUGGGAAGCAGCAAUGAAGAACCAUUGCCAGAACCUUUGCCAGCUGGUGAGCUGGGGCGUCGGGAGCCUUUGAGUCGUGCCCUACAGGGUGGCAGUGAGGGACAGAGCUGUGCCGAGACACCCACCAGGAGCCACGGUUGCCCAGGAUGGCAUGGGUGCCGACACUCCUUUUGACAACAGCCUCUGCUGGACACAAGCCUGGCAGUGCCCACGUCCUUCCAGCAGCAUCCGUGUCCCUCUGGCGGCGUCCAUGUCCCUCCGGCGGCGUCCAUGUCCCUCCGGCACGGAGCGGGGUCAGCAGGCAGCCCCCAGGCCUUGCCCAGCUUGAGAGUGCUGCUGCCGGCUGCGUUGGAAAAACAAAGGAAGAAUAUCAGUGGAGAAAGGAAUACAGUAGCUGUAAUAUAUCUGUAUUUUAGUACAAAGUUUGAUACAGUGUUUCACAAAACCUUAUUGAAAAAUAUAAUUCAAAC